AUGAACAUCGAUGAUGAAGUAAUUACCAUAGCCAUUAUCAGUGAAACCUUAAUUGCGACUACGUCAGCGGAAUCAAUCAUACCACCUAACGAAGUUAAUGUUACGAUGUCAAAUAAUGAAACGCAAACCAUGACAAAACCUCCCACCAUCAAUGGGCAAAAUCAAACUAAAAGAAAAUAUAUCAGAAAACCGAAUAAAGAUGAUUCGUCACGCCCACGUGUCAUUCGAAGGACGAGAAAUACAUCAAAGUCUGUGACAAAUAAUAUCCUAUCACAACCUGAACAAUCAACAAUGGCCGCUAGAAAGGCGCCCAGUACUUCCAUGUCACCUGCUCAAAUUAUAGCAAGACGAACAGGUUCUACGACUGCGAAUGUCGAUCUCAGCCAAAUUUCCGUUGUUGGUACAAAUGGCCGUCAACUCCCAUCAAAGGAAGGAAUAAAUCAGGAAAACAUUGCCGAUCGUUUUGUUGAAUUUAUAAUGUACUGCAACCCAUCGGCACCAGGAACUCUAGAUACGGCUGCGCUCAUCCGCUCCUUUAAUGCCGUUCCCAAAUCUGAUGGAAAAGUAUUUCAAACUUGGUCCCUUUACCAACUCGUCGGUAAGCAUUAUGCUGGAGAAAUCAGAACAUGGACAAAGUUAGCACAAAAAUUGGGUGUUGUACGUACACCUGAAGCUAGUCCUCAAAAAAUUCAACAAUACGCCGUAAGAUUGAAGUCCUUACAAUUACUGUUAACAUUCUCUUUAAAGAAAUUACUUUAUGCACAACCCCUUUUUUUGAAUCCUUUCCUUCUAAUGACAAGAAAAAAAACCUAUGCGUAUUUUGAUUAUCUGUUGUCACGAUCCAAUGAAUAUUAUCAAAUGCCACAAAAAAACCCAAUCGAAGCGAGUGAUGACGAAUCAGACGUAGUCUUGAAAUUAAUAAAACGUGCUGGAAGUAAACGUCAAAAAAGAAAAUAUACCCGUAAAAGUACUAACGCUUCUGGCGAUGGAACUACAAACGAAGAUGCAUCUCGGGGGUCGGAAGAAGAGGAUGAUAAAGACCCAUGGGCAGAAGGUUACGAUGAAGAAAAAUCUGAACGCCCCGUGGAAACGACUGGAACGGGUCAGCGUAGAAAAAAUGUUGUUCAGGUAGGUUUUGGUCCCCGUUGGGUUAAGGAUGAUGCGGAGGAAAAAGACGAAAAUAUCGUUGGGGGUAGAUUGGGAAUUAAUAAAGAAGGCAACCCUGAAAACGAUUCAAGCCGUUAUUAUCGUCAAUACCCAUCACAGUUUGCAUCGAACCUACCACACUUGAUCGAACCUAAUAACGGUUCAAAUAUUCCUACACCAAAUCCUUCGCCGACAUUACCAGACAUGAACCUUUCCAGUGGAAAUGACGCUGGAAUCAAAAGGGUAUUGUCUCAUUCCGGUGCAACUAGUGGUGCUGUUACUCAAAAAUUGCGUUGGCGUAGUAUCUCUGUGGGUGGAGGUCCCGAGCAAAAGAAAAAACAAGACGCGGGUCAAGCAGUCAACGCACCAACAAUGGCACGACAAAAUUCAUGGACAAACUCUGGUGGUUCCAACCCAGCGAUGCCAAGCGCCAAUAAUGUCGCAAACAUCCCGAAUGAACAACUAAGCACAGGCGAGCAAAACUUCGCUGAAAUGUUCUUUCCUACUUCAACCCAUUCAAGCGAUGAUGUAGAAACAAUCAAGGUUCUCCAAGAGAAAUUGGUACGCGCUGUUGGCAUGUUGGAGGACAGCCAACGAAAAAUUAAGAUGUUAGAGAACCUCGUCCGUAAAAGGGACGAAGAUGUAAGACAACGUGUUAUACAAGAAAUCAAAGAUGAAGUAAAUGGUGUCUUUGAACAAUGGCAGCAACGACAAUGA